UUUGAAAUAUCAGAGAAAGAGGAAAUCAUAAUCUCAUCAAUGAAAUCUCACAUACAGCACAUGUUUUCUUGGGUAAAGAAAGAUAAAACACAGUAUAUCCAUCAGAAUUCAUGUGUAAUUACAUAGAAUAUAAGCAGAGUGCAAAAUUGUUCUGCUGACCAAAACAUAAAAGCAGCACAAGAAAAUGCAACAUAUGAAGCAAAUAUGGUAACAAAGCACCACUGUCUAUGUAAUCUAUAAUACAAAGUAAAAUAUAUAAAAAACAUUACUCCAAUUUAUUUAAUAACACAUAUAAAUAAUUGAUAAAAACAACUCAAAUAUGAUAUAUGUUUGAUAAAAAGUCCAAAGGGCAUAAUGAUGUUAAUCAAAUCUCUUGGGUCAAAUCUCUAAUUCCUGAGAUAAAUAAUUUUUUGAGCUCACCAGUAUCAUUUGUGGUUAUAAAUAAUAAAUAUGCCUAUUGAUAUUAUGUGCCUAAGUAAGUGUAAAUUACCAACUGUUUGGUGUAUAUAUUAAUUUCAGCUCUUCCUCGUUUUUUUUAAAUUAUUUUCUAUCUUCUAUCAAAGCAACAUGAAUCAGAUUAGGACAUGACUUACACUAUACCUUAAGUGUUCAGGUGUGUGUAACUGUUUGGUAAAUGUGAUACAUUUAGAGUGUACGGGAAUCGAACCACCGACGCCCAAUUUGUAUUAUGGGCUGUGAGUUGCACAGGGUGUCAAAAGUCUUAACUAAUAGGGAGCCUAUGGGGGGGGGGUCUCUUCUCACUGGCAGGCGCUUCUCGCGAGCAUACAACGCGCUCCGCAGACUGCAGCGCCUGGUGCGCCCCCUACAGGCUCCCCGCGGGACAGCACUCUGCCGUAAAAACAUCCUGCCUGCCUUAAAAUUGGCAGAUGAGCUGCGGCUGCAGCGUUGAGCCUGAAAACAAACGCCGUCCCUUCCGGCGGGUGACUGACCGACUGCCCGGUGGUGACGGGAUGGACGAGCGGACCCGGGGUGAAGACGCGUCCCCCAGAUGGCGGAGUGAGUGAGGAUGCGACUCCCCAGUUCCAUCUUUGUGUCGGUGUCUCUGUUCACGGCCGAGACCACGGCGGCUCUCUACCUCAGCUCGACGUACCGCUCAGCUGGAGACCAAAUCUGGCAAGGGCUCACGCUCCUCUUCACGCUCGUGCCGUCGGUGCUCGUGCAGCUGACCCUCACCUUCAUCCACCGGGACCUCAGCAGAGACAGACCGCUCGUCCUGCUGCUGCACCUCCUGCAGCUCGGACCCAUAGUCAGGUGUCUGGAGGCGUUCUGUAUCUAUGGCAGUGUGGGCCGUGUGGAGGAGCCGUAUGUCAGCAUCACCAGGAAGAAGCAGAUACCUCGCGGGGGUCAGUCUGAGGAGGUGGAGCGGCAGGUGGGGCAGGCGGAGGGGAAACUGUUCACACACCGAGCAGCCUUCGCCCGCACCUCUGUCAUUCAGGCCUUCCUGGGAUCGGCCCCCCAGCUCACCCUGCAGCUCUACAUCUGCGUCCUGCAGCAGGGGGUCUCCAUCGGACGAGGCACUCUGAUGGUGAUCUCCCUCCUGUCCAUUGUGUACGGAGCGCUGCGCUGCAACAUCCUGGCCAUUAAGAUCAAAUAUGAUGACUAUGAAGUGGACGUCAGCCCCAUGGCUUAUCUGUGCAUUUUCCUGUGGAGGAGCUUUGAGAUCGCCACUCGUGUUCUGGUUCUGGUUCUGUUCAGCUCUGUGCUGCAGCUCUGGGUCCUGCCUGUGGUUCUGCUCAACUUCCUGGUUUUCUUCCUCUACCCGUGGAUCCUGUUCUGGCAGAGCCACUCACCGUUCCCGGAGAACAUAGAAAAAACUCUGACCAGGGUGGGAACCACCAUCGUGCUUUGCCUGCUCACCUUCCUCUACGCUGGCAUCAACAUGUUCUGCUGGUCGGCUGUGCAGGUGAAACUCAACGACCCGGACCUCAUCAAUAAGUCCCAGAACUGGUAUCGCAUGGCCGUGUACUACAUGCUGCGUUUUGUGGAGAACGCCUCACUGCUUCUGCUGUGGUACAUCUAUAAAACCGACUUCUACAACUUCCUCUGUGCUCCACUGCUGGUGCUGCAGCUGCUGGUCGCCUACGCCAUUGCCAUCUUCUUCAUGCUGGUCUUCUACCAGAUAUGUCAUCCGUGUCGGAGGCUCUUCUCCUCCAGCAUGACCCAGGGCCUCUGGAACUGCUCCUCUCUCCUCUGUAUCAUGUGCAAUACUGCUUCACCACAGAACAGGCCGAUGGAAAAGCCACCCAGGCCCGCCACAUGCACAGAGUCUGCUAAUGACGGAGCCCACGACACUGCCAGCGAUACCACAGACGACAUGCCCAAUGAAACGUCGUAUGACAUGCUCGAUGAUACAAUCUAUGAAAAUGCUAGUGACAUGGACAAUAAAGCAUGUGAUGGAAUCAACGGUGACAUUAACCACAGUGUAUCCUGCAAUGCUUAAAGCAU